CAUUAAACAUGACAUUUAUUUGAAAAAUGACAAUUUUCAAAAAUUCACUGAUUUUUCUGUUAUUUUCAUUUUGUAGUGCUUAUAAUGAUAUAUUUAAUGAAGAGUUACUACUUAAUCCAUUACCAAAUGGACAUAUUUAUACAUACUUCCAAUUUACCACAAAAUGGGAGGCUAAUUUAAAAGAUGCUCAGCAUAGUCAUUUGUUUCCUCGUGCAUUAGCAGAAAUCCUAAAUCAAUAUCAUGUUCGAGAAUUCCAUAUUUCUAUGACUCAAGGCUUGUGGCGGCAUGAAUAUUGGGGUUAUCCGGUAAUUGACGCACCUCCGGGUGCUGAAGUAUGGGCCUGGUUUGAAAAUGAUGUUGGCAACGUGGAUUUAAACUGGAAACGACUUAUGGAUACCUUAUCUGGUUUAUUCUGUGCAUCGCUAAAUUUUAUUGAUGGUACCAACAGUGUAAUACCUGAAUUUAGUUUUCGUCCUGAAGGUGUUGUACCAGACAAACAUUUCAAUAAAAGUAAUGUUCGCUAUGCAUCAUUACCACGUGAAGUUGUUUGUACGGAGAAUUUAACACCAUGGAAGAAGAUGUUACCAUGCGAAGCUAAACGUGGAUUUGCUUCAUUACUUAACGCUGCGCAAAUACAUAACACAAGAUAUCAUUCAUUAGGUUUGCAUAUCCGUCCUGUUUGUAGUAACAAACAAUGCACAUCAUCCUCCUUAGAAAUUCGACAAACAGUAAGUCUAGUUUAUGAUCCAGCGUUAAUGCCAACCAAACGUGAUUGGUCAUUCCGAUAUUUAUUUGGUCAAGGUUUAUUAAAUACAUGUGUCUUAGCGAACUCUAGUAUUGUUUACGUAGAUAUAACACAUAAUUUUACUAAUACGUUCAAAGUUACACCUGAACCAACUAAAAUAGAGGAAUCAUCUCGUGGUGGUUUUAAAAGAACCUACGCUGUUUACGAUUUAACCGGUAAUACUGAUCAAGUGUUUAGUAUUUCAUCAAAAUUAAAAGGGGAACCAAAAAUAAUACCAAAUUCACCCCCUCCAUUAUAUGCAAAUCGAUAUCUUGUCGGAUACGGGCAAGAAAAGGGGGGAAUUGCUACUCGUAUUCAUAAUAACCAUUGGAAAGAAUUGAAUAUUAUUUAUUUUGAACAAAUUCCAUGGUACAUUGAAAUUUAUUUGCAUACUUUACAAAUCGAAUCAAAUGGUAAAAUCAUUCAGCCAUCAAUUAUACGAUACAUUCCUGGUCAAACUCGUGAACGCCCUUAUUAUAUUGAAAUUGGUAUGACAUUACCAGCCCGAUCAAUUACUACAAUAUCCGUGAAGUUCAAUUAUGUAUUCUUAAAAUGGCAAGAAUAUCCACCUGACGCUAAUCAUGGUUUUUAUAUUGGUUCGGCGGUUAUUACAAGUGCAUUACCAUUAGCCAAAAAUUAUACGGGUAUACCGAUAGAUGGGAGUUUAAUUGCCGAUAGUUUUAAUGCCUCACGGCAAACGUAUCCGAUUCGUUUUUAUACUGAAAUAUUGCUGGUAAGUUUACCAACUCCCGAUUUUAGUAUGCCAUAUAAUGUGGUCUGUUUGGCGUGUACGGUUAUCGCAUUAGCAUUUGGACCAUUACAUAAUAUUACAACAAAACGUUUGCAAAGAAAGAAAAUUGAGGAUGUACGGAAAAAUAUAAUAUCAACAUGUUUAGAAAAAUUAAAAAACUUUAUUAGUAGGAUCGAACAACCUUAA